GUGUUCACUUGGAUCUCAUACAAGUUCAAAAGAGAAAGAGAGUGGUAUCAGCUAUAUGGGCAAUUACAAGUUCAGAUUAUCAGACAUGAUGCCAAAUGUCUGGUUUUACAAGCUUAGAGACAUGAGCAAAGCCAAAAAAUCUACUCAUCAUCAUUUAGUAAGAAAAAAACUGCCUUAUUAUACUCAAAGGCCAAGUCUUUCUCAACCACCACCAAGACCCAACUAUUUUUACACCGACAAAUUCUGCACUACUAAUUCCUCCUCCUCCUCCAAGAGAAAAUCCAUUUACCAACCAUCUCCCAAACAUGUCCCAGCUGCAACACUUGUUACAUCUUCUUCGUCCACCACCGACAUAAUCAUCGACCUGGGUAUGCUUGAUCUUCCUCCUAUUUUGACAAAGCCAGUCAACCCAGAAACAGACCAUGUCAAGACUAGAGAUGAGCAUCAGCAGACCAAGAAGAGAGCUACGAGAGGAAUUAAGUUGAGGACUAAUAAUAAUUCUCCAAGAAUUGCCAGAAUGAAUACGAAUCAUCAUGGUCGAAAGAGUGUUUCUUCUUCUUCUCCUUCUUCCCAUAAAAAGAAGAAGAAAAGCUUGUCUGAGAGUAGUUUUGCCAUUGUCAAGUCAUCUUUUGAUCCACAGAGGGACUUUAAGGAUUCAAUGGUGGAGAUGAUCAUAGAGAACAAUGUAAGGGAAUCAAAGGAUUUGGUUGAACUCUUGGCUCUCUAUCUGUCUCUUAAUGCUGAUGGAUAUCAUCAACUCAUUGUCAAGGCAUUUGAGCAAAUCUGGUUUGAUAUGGCCAACCUUCGUUUGUAAUUAAUGUAUAUCUUCUUUCCCUGCCUGCCCAGUUCAUUUCUUUCUGUAUCUCCCUCCCCUCCAAACUGUUCAAUUUCGUGUAUCAUAUUCAAAUUUCAAA